AUGCGACUGUUCGACCCUGGCCCUUACCUUGGAAUCCUUCAAAUAAAACGGGUAACGCAUCGGCCCAGACAAUGCAGAAGCAAAGACGAUAUUAUACUGGGCCGUGGCACGAUUAUUUCGCCGAGGGAACUGCAACUUUUAACAGCUAGAAUAGUAUCAAAAAACAUACGGGAGGAAAAUUUGCAAGGAUUUGGGCGCGAACACAGACCUGGACUUCUUCUCUUGGGCUUAAUAGAAUUCACAAUUUCUACAUUGGUUCCAGGAGCUCAUAAGUUGUCACCCAGGAGCGUGCAAUUUUAUCAUCUUCUUACUACUCUUCAUGAUCGGAAGGACGAUGAAGCGGUUCAAAUUCUCAAAAGUUGGUGCUUGUCGAUAGUUCCUGAAUCCAAAAGUCUCACAGAUGAGAUGGUCCUUCCAACCACUGGGGCUCAGUGGUGGUCGCCUGCCUAG